CGGAUGCUCGCUGGGGAGGCCCUGAAAACUGAUGCCAUCGUGCACCGUGGGGACAGGGACCCGGACUGGAACAGGGGUCGCCGCUCGUCCGCGCCACCAUGCAGGUCUCCAGCCUCAACGAGGUGAAGAUUUACAGUCUCAGCUGCGGCAAGUCCCUUCCAGAGUGGCUUUCUGACAGGAAGAAGAGAGCACUACAGAAGAAGGAUGUUGAUGUCCGUAGGAGAAUUGAACUUAUUCAGGAUUUUGAAAUGCCUACUGUUUGUACUACUAUUAAGGUGUCAAAAGAUGGACAAUAUAUUUUAGCAACUGGAACAUAUAAACCUCGGGUUCGAUGCUAUGACACCUAUCAAUUAUCCUUGAAGUUUGAAAGGUGUUUAGAUUCAGAAGUUGUCACCUUUGAAACUUUGUCUGAUGAUUAUUCAAAGAUUGUCUUCUUACACAACGAUAGAUACAUUGAAUUCCAUUCACAAUCAGGUUUUUACUACAAAACCAGAAUACCAAAGUUCGGGAGAGAUUUCUCUUACCAUUAUCCAUCCUGUGACUUGUACUUUGUUGGCGCAAGCUCUGAAGUUUAUAGAUUAAACUUAGAACAAGGACGGUACCUAAAUCCUCUACAAACUGACGCCGCGGAGAAUAAUGUUUGUGACAUAAAUUCCGCACACGGCUUGUUUGCCACAGGGACAGUCGAGGGUCGAGUGGAGUGCUGGGACCCAAGAACUCGAAGUAGAGUUGGCCUGUUAGACUGUGCAUUAAGCAGUGUCACAGCAGAUUCAGAGAUAAACAGUUUACCAACAAUCUCCGCUUUGAAAUUUAAUGGCGCAUUGACCAUGGCAGUUGGAACAUCCACAGGGCAGGUUUUAUUAUAUGAUCUUCGAUCUGAUAAACCACUGCUAGUGAAGGAUCACCAGUAUGGGCUGCCCAUUAAGUCCAUUCAUUUCCAAGAUUCAUUAGAUUUGAUUUUGUCUGCAGACUCUCGAAUUAUCAAAAUGUGGAAUAAGAACUCAGGAAAAAUAUUUACUUCCUUGGAGCCAGAACAUGACAUUAAUGAUGUCUGCCUCUAUCCCAACUCAGGAAUGCUUCUGACUGCCAAUGAAACCCCCAAGAUGGGCAUCUAUUACAUUCCGGUUUUGGGUCCUGCACCCAGGUGGUGUUCCUUCUUAGACAACUUGACAGAAGAAUUAGAAGAGAAUCCAGAAAGCACAGUUUACGAUGAUUAUAAAUUUGUCACCAGGAAAGACCUUGAAAAUUUAGGGCUCACACAUCUCAUUGGAUCGCCUUUUCUCCGGGCAUACAUGCAUGGAUUUUUCAUGGAUAUAAGACUCUAUCACAAGGUGAAAUUGAUGGUAAAUCCAUUUGCUUAUGAAGAAUAUAGGAAAGAUAAGAUCCGACAGAAGAUAGAAGAAACACGUGCACAGAGAGUCCAAUUAAAGAAAUUGCCAAAAGUUAACAAAGAGCUGGCACUUAAAUUAAUUGAGGAGGAGGAAGAGAAGCAAAAAUCUACAUGGAAAAAGAAAGUUAAGAAUCUUCCUAAUAUUCUCACUGAUGAUCGAUUUAAAGUUAUGUUUGAGAACCCUGACUUCCAAGUGGAUGAAGAGAGUGAAGAAUUUAGGCUUUUGAAUCCACUUGUUUCAAAACUUGGUGAAAAAAGGAAGAAGAAACUAAGACUCUUAGAGCAACAAGAACAUCAUGAAAAAGAAGAGGAGGAAGAACCGGAAGGAAAACCAAGUGAUGCAGAAAGUUCUGAGAGUUCAGAUGAUGAAAAAGACUGGGUCGAAGAGGUCAGGAAACAGCGCAGACUUCUCCAGCAGGAGGAAAGAGCGAAGCGGCAGGCACAGCUCAGGGAGGACCGGCAGACGGUCCUCAGGCCCCAGUUUUACGAGAUCAAAGCCGGCGAAGAGUUCAGAAGCUUCAAAGAUUCUGCCACGAAGCAGAAGCUGAUGAAUAAAACCCUAGAAGAUCGGUUGAAACUUGAAGCCAAAAAUGGGACGUUGAGUGUAUCAGACACCACAGUUGGCAGCAAACAAUUGACAUUCACAUUAAAGAGGUCUGAACAGCAGAAGAAGCAACAGGAGGCUGAGAAACUGCACCGGCAGGAAAGGAAAGCACUGCGUCGCUCAGCCGGUCAUCUGAGGUCCAGACACAAGCGAGGACGGCCGUUUCACUGAGCCGAGAGGGACCCAACACGCGACGGGGAAGGAGCACGCCUCCCCCAAGUGGAACAUCGUUAGAGCACAGCAAACAGACGGGGCCGCACGUUUUCAAAGUUCCAUGUCAGUUCUCGGUACCUCAGCGGUAAAGAUCUGGCAGCUUGUCCCAUUGCCUCUGGGUCAGACUUUGAAGCUGCCCCCAACCCACGACUGGUCAGAGCAUCGUCGCCAGGGCGCUUCUUGCAAGUCGUUGCUCCCCGUAAAAUCAUCCUUUUCCCCUGGUUUUAAUCAAGUAAACAAGGUAGUUUUUUUUUUAAUAUUGUGAAACGUGUACCGUGAACUGGGAGGUUAUCCUGUGCUAAAAACGAGGAUAAUCAUGCUCUCUGAACUUUUUUCUUACAGUGCCUGCUGCCUUUCACCAUUAAACCACCCAGAAAUACCGUUCCCACCCUCCCUAAUGUGCAGUAUUGGUCGUGUUUGUGUUCAUAAGUAUCUGUUGGUAGGUUUGUUGCUUGUUUGUGUGUUUGGGAUUUUUUUAAAAAUAUUUUUAUAUCAAGAGAAUAUAAAUUAAUGGUAAUAACCUAAAAUAAGAAAUGGAAGCUACUGGGUAUUCUUUUAUACUUGACACAAGAUCAAAUGCAGAUGUUUUUCUGUUUCUUAAGUGCAAUUAGAGAUAAACUGGCUGGAGAAAACAUUUAUAAAAAUAAAUACUUUUAUUUGAAUA